AUGUCAUCGAUAGCAACUGCUCAAACCACAACCAAGCCCAAUCAAGAUGCCCAAGAGUAUAUUGGACCGAACUUGAACGUCACCUUGACAUGUCCUGAAUGUAAGAUCUUCCCUCCUGACUUGAUUGAAAGGUUCAGUGAAGGCGACAUUGUGUGCGGUAGCUGCGGGUUAGUGUUGAGUGAUAGAGUAGUCGAUACCAGAUCGGAAUGGAGAACCUUUAGCAAUGACGACCAGAAUGGAGACGAUCCAUCUCGUGUUGGUGAUGCAGGUAAUCCACUUUUGGACACGGAGGAUUUAUCGACAAUGAUUUCGUACGUCCCUGAUAAUUUCAAGGCAGGGAGAGAGUUGAAUAGAGCACAAUCCAAAUCUUUGGUGGACAAGAAGGAUAAUGCUUUAGCGGCAGCAUAUGCCAAGAUCUCUCAAAUGUGUGAUGGUUAUCAGUUGCCAAAGAUUGUCCAGGAUGGGGCUAAAGAAGUGUAUAAAAUGGUCUACGAUGAAAAGCGUUUGCGGGGAAAGUCUCAAGAGUCAAUCAUGGCAGCGUCGAUUUUCAUUGGUUGUCGUAAAGCCAAAGUUGCUCGUACUUUUAAAGAAAUUUGGGCAUUGACCAAUGUACCUAAAAAGGAGAUUGGGAAAGUGUUCCGCAUUAUGAAUAACAUCAUACGUGAGAAAAAUGAAGCCAAUCCGCAGUCAGCUGCAUACUACAGCCAAGACAAUAUUCAAACUACUCAAACUUCAGCUGAAGAUUUGAUUAGAAGAUUCUGUUCACAUCUUGGAUUAAGUUCACAAGUGACGAAUGGAGCUGAGUAUAUUGCUAGAAGGAGCAAAGACGUUGGUGUGUUGGCUGGAAGAUCGCCCACGACAAUUGCAGCUACAGUUAUAUACAUGGCAUCUUUGGUAUUUGGCGUCGAGUUGCCACCAUCAAAGAUAUCUGAUAAGACAGGUGUUAGUGAUGGUACUAUAAAGACAUCUUAUAAGUACUUAUUUGAAGAAAAGGACAAGUUGAUGGAUCCCUAUUGGAUCGAAACGGGAAAGGUUAGUUUGGAGAACUUUCCAAAAGCUUAG